UGUUGCCUCCAAAGCCAUACAGGUGACCACUCUCCAACUCUCUCUCUCUCACACGCAUAAAGACAGAAUUCUCUCUCUCUCUCACACACACAGAGCUCACCGUCUCCAUUACUCUCUUAACUUUCUCUCUCACACACAUAGUUCAGUGUCUCCAUUACUAUUUGCCUUCAAAAAUAUCGCAGCCCAUUACAUCAAUCAAGAUCCCAUCUCUCUCUCUCUCUCUCUCGCUCUCUAUCUCUCUCUCUCUCUCUCUCACACACACACACACACACACUUAUUUCUUGCAUGGCCUUGAACCCAGCUAAUGGCGAAAAGUAUAAUAAUACUACAGACCCCACCACCACGGCCCCCAGUUUGCGCCGGAAGCUUAACCUUUCCUUCAAGCACCGCCGCCGUGGAGCCUCUUACAUCUUUUUCUCCAGAAUAUUCCACCGAAGAUACCUUCUUAUCUUGGCAAUUCUCUACAUUAUUGGUCUAGUCACAUGCGCCGGACCCUUGUUAACUAUCCUGCACCCUCCUCCUCCACCGGAACCCGGAUCACUCUACCGAAGCCAUGAGCUUUUCCAAAAACUCUGGCCUGAAAUUCAGUCUGAUAAUACUUCUGUCAUUGAGUUGAGUUCUCUCUGGAGAUAUAGGAGAAGGCUGAAAGAGCAAAGAGCCUGUCCGAAUGCUACUGCUGGCUGGCAGCCUGCAUCACCUGGGCUUCGUAGUUACUUGAUUGUUGAUGCUAAUGGUGGCCUGAACCAGCAGCGUUCAUCGAUCUGCAAUGCAGUAGCUUUGGCUGGAUUGUUGAAUGCCACUCUUGUCAUCCCUCACUUUGAUCUUCAUAGCGUUUGGAAGGAUCCAAGUGAAUUUGCUGAUAUCUAUGAUGAGGAUCAUUUCAUAUCCUCUCUCAAAGGUUUUGUUACAGUAGUUCGUGAUCUACCAGAAGAAUUGAUGGAGACCUAUGAUUUUAACAUCACCAACAUUCCAAACAUUCGAGUCCAAGCUUGGGCUCCUGCUCGAUACUACUUGGAUGAUGUUUAUCCUGUUUUGCAGGAGAAAAGGGUGAUUCGCAUCUCUCCUUUUGCAAAUAGAUUGGCUAUGAGCAUGCCAUCUCACAUUCAAUAUUUAAGAUGCCUAACCAAUUAUAAAGCUUUAAGGUUUUCUUCACCUAUAUUGACUCUUGCAAAAAAUCUCAUCAAUCGAAUGACAGAAAGAAGCUUGAAUUCUGGUGGGAAUUAUGUUUCAGUUCACCUUCGAUUUGAGGAGGACAUGGUGGCAUUUUCGUGUUGUGUGUAUGAUGGAGGAGAGGCCGAAAAACUUGAAAUGGACUUGAUACGUCAAAAAGGGUGGGGGAAGAAAUUUAAGCAGAAAAAUCGUGUCAUUGCUCCCGGUCUUAAUCGUAUCAAUGGAAGGUGCCCUAUGACCCCACUGGAGGUUGGGAUGAUGUUAAGGGGUAUGGGAUUUUCCAAUGACACUUCGAUUUAUUUGGCUUCCGGAAAAAUUUACAAGGAGGAGAGAUAUUUGGCGCCUCUGUAUAAAAUGUUUCCACUUCUACAGACGAAAGAGUCACUUGCAAGUGCAGAUGAACUUGCUGCAUUCCAGGGUUAUUCUUCAAGGUUAGCUGCUUUGGAUUACAUGGUGUGCUUGUUUAGUGAAGUAUUUGUAACCACUCAAGGGGGAAACUUUCCACAUUUUCUGAUGGGCCACAGAAAGUUCAUCUUCAAUGGACAUGCUAAGACUAUUAAACCCGAUAAAAGCAAGCUUGUCGUCCUAUUGCAGAACAUAAGUGCAAGUUGGGAUAAUUUCAAGGAUCAAAUGGAACUGAUGCUAGCUGAAAGUGACCGUAAGGGUAUAAUUGUACCAAGAGUUAAGAAGUCGACCAGAAAGACUUCAAUCUACUCGAACCCUUUUCCAGAAUGCAGGUGCCUUAGGGAAUCACUGAACACGAGCACUCGAGCAGACUUAUACAUAUGAUACAUCACUAAUAAGUCCUUAUAUCCGAAUAUGCUCAAGCCACAGUUGCAUCAGAUGACCUUAUCAUCAGCACAAAUAUAGUUGCAGCACGGAGAUUUUGAUAUAUACUGCAAAAAAGCUGACCAAAAAUUCUUGAUACCAAAGCUGAAGAUUUUCAGAAUUAAAUUGAAGAGUAGGGUCUUCUUUUUGUAUCAUUAGAUUAAGAGUGUAAUGUUUGCCUCUUCCGUAAAUUUUUUUUUCCGUUGGGAUGAUCAGCCAAGAUUUUUUUUUAAUUUUUUUUUUUUAGCAUCUUAGGAAAAACAAUUAAGAAAUAUAUCAAGUUUCAGGUUGAGCAAUUUUGUAGUUUCUAGGCUUCUUUAACUUAUAUGCAAUUUAUUUUAUUCUUGGACAAUGUCAUUUUUUAUA